AUGAUAGUUUCCCUAGUAGUAAUACUGUAUUUUAAAAGCUCCCUUUCUUUCAAGGUUCCCCAAAAUUUUAUUGUCAAUCCUUCUGAACUUUUCCCAGACUCAAAAAAUUUGUACCAUAAAAUGUCAUCUUUAAACUCAAAGUCAAAGAGCACUUACACUGGUGUUGGAGCUAAGGUGGCAAAAAGGUUCAAGGAGCAGUUUCGCCUAGGAAAUUAUAGUGAAGUUAGAUCAGUAAGAAAGGCGCUAAAGAAAUUCAAGAGAAUUGAGGAGAGAAAAGUAAUUAAGAGCAGAACAAACACCUUGAUGGCUCAGCAAAGAAUAACCUCAGAUGUUGAAUCGGACACCAAAAAAAAAUUGGACAAAAAAAGUUCAAAUCCUUUCCCGACCCAGUUGAAUAAAUCAAAGGAUAAAAACUCCAAAUCUGCUAAAUUAGGACCAAAACCUGUUAGACUGGGUUUGAGUCUUGAUUUGGCUUCUGAGGCAUAUGGAGGAGCUUCUUUGAUGAAGGACUUUGACCCUCAUCACAGAAAAAUUUCAACCCUAAACUUUAUAGGAAGUUACCUCCACACGACAAUGCUUCCCUCUCUAGGGCUACCUGAGAUUUGUCUGGUGGGUAGGAGCAAUGUUGGAAAGUCCUCAUUCAUUAACUCCCUGAUGACAUAUGUCAAGAACAAGUCAAGGAAGUGUGACAUGGCCUUUGUUUCUAAAACUCCCGGGUACACCAAGUCCAUAAACAUCUUCGAGGCUGUUGACUCGAGGGAUCGUGGUGUUUUAUCACUGGUGGACCUCCCUGGGUACGGGUACACUGAGAUUAAAAACGCCGAGACGAGGAAGAACAUGCAGAGCAUUAUGAAGGCUUACUUGAAGCGCAGACAUGAGCUAAAGCUUGUUUUGUUCCUCGUGGACGGGAGUUGUGACCCUCAGGAUGACGACUACGAGGUCCUAAAGUACUUCAGGGAAGUGGGUAUGCCUCACCUCUUCAUCCUCACCAAAAUGGACAAGGUCAACGUACCUCAGACUCCCGCACAGAUAAUGAACUUCAGACAGUUCUUUGACCUAAAAAGUCCUUUACCUAUCCCAUUUUCAAAGCUUGGUGGUGGUGAUCUUGGUAGUAUUUGGAAGGCCAUUUUAGAUGCUUGUACCGAUUCACUUGAUAUUUCAAAGCUUAACAUUACAGACAAAUUUGAGAACGUGGAGCCAGACUACUCGCGUUUCGUCGACUCUCAGGCCAAGAUUUCACUGAAGGACCUCAAAAAGCUGGUUUUCAAGAACUACGACAUGCUCCCUGACAGUGUCAAGACUCUUGAUAUUGAUUCUAUGGACCGAGACGGCCUUCUCGACGUUUUAAAACUUGCGGCCGACCGGUCCUUCGAACUUCACAAAAGGCCCAUAGACCUUGUGCAACUGAAACAUAAUCUAACCAAAUCCAAAUAA